AUGACUUCAAAUGAUUUAUACUCAACAAAGUCAUUAGAAAAGCAGAUAACCAAUAGGAAAACUGAUCUAAAUAAGGAGAGUGUACAAUGGUUAAAAAUUCAAUGGCUAAAUUACAAAAAAGAACAGCCAUUUAACUUAGAUUACAAGUAUUCUAAUGACACAGAUUAUCCUUUUUACUGUAACUAUAUUGGUAAAAGAAACUCUAAAAUUCAAAACUAUACAGAAAAUUUAGAUCUUUUAUAUCUAAAUGGGCACACUAUAAGUCAAUUAAAAAAAAAAGAUUUAAUUGAAUUACUUCCAUUUAUACCCCCCAUAAAAUAUCAGUUUUAUUUUGAUCUCAAAACAGAUAGAAAUGAUGAUGAUGGUUUUCCAUUUAUUGAAAAUGAAGAUGAAGAAAGUGAAGAACGAUAA